UAUAGUUUUCGCUCUCUUCUUGUUCCUUCCUCCGCCGGUUAGAACAAGGUGUUGACAGCCAUGAGACCAGACGAGGAGCUGCCUGGCGAGGACGGUGGCGACGUCCCAGAGUUGGAGCUGCUGAAGCGCCGCGCUGCCGAGUGCAUAGACGAGGCCGCCGAGCGUUUGGGGGCCCUGAGCCGGGAGAUCUGGAGCGAGCCCGAGCUCGCCUACCAGGAGUACCGGGCGCACAGCGCUCUGACCCGCUUCUUUGAGCAGGAGCCACCGACUCUCUCGUGGACCGUGCAGCCGCACUACAAGCUUGACACGGCCUUCAGGGCGGAAUGGGAGUCUCUGGUCGGGUGCCCGAACCCUCUGCAGCUAGGCUUCCUUUGCGAGUACGAUGCGCUGCCGGGCAUAGGGCAUGCUUGCGGCCACAACCUGAUCGCUGAGGUGGGCGCAGCGGCCGCCCUAGGCCUGAAGGGGGCGCUUCAGAACCACUCGGGCGGUCCGCCAGUGAAGAUCACUGUCCUGGGAACUCCUGCUGAAGAAGAAGGAGGUGGCAAGAUUGACUUAAUUGAAGCAGGAGCUUUUAAAAAUCUUGAUGUUGUUUUUAUGGCUCAUCCAUCGCAAGAAAAUGCUGCUUACCUACCUGAUGUGGCUGAGCAUGAUGUGACUGUGAAAUACUAUGGAAAAGCUUCUCAUGCUGCUGCUUAUCCUUGGGAAGGUCUCAAUGCAUUAGAUGCUGCUGUUCUUGCAUACAACAAUCUUUCAGUUUUAAGACAGCAAAUGAAACCCUCCUGGAGAGUUCAUGGUAUAAUUAAAAAUGGUGGUGUGAAACCUAACAUCAUUCCCUCAUACUCUGAAUUAAUUUAUUACUUGCGCACACCCUCAAUGAAAGAGCUUCCAGCUUUGAUUAAAAAAGCAGAAGACUGUUUUAGAGCUGCUGCUUUGGCUACAGGAUGCACAGUGGAAUUAAAAGGUGGAGUACAUGACUACUACAAUGUUCUUCCUAAUAAGAGCCUAUGGAAAGUUUACAUAGACAAUGGAAAGAAGCUGGGAAUAGAAUUUAUUUCAUCAGAUUCUAUGUCAAAUGUGCCAGCAGGUUCCACUGACUUUGGAAAUGUUACUUUUGUGGUUCCUGGAAUUCACCCCUAUUUUUAUAUUGGUUCCGAUGCACUGAAUCAUACUGAGCAAUAUACUGCAGCUGCAGGAUCCCAAGAAGCACAAUUCUACACUCUGCGUACUGCUAAAGCUCUGGCGAUGACAGCUCUAGAUGUGAUUUUCAAGCCAGGUUUGCUGGAAAGGAUCAGAAAGGACUUUAGACUCAGUCUUCAAGAAGAGGAAUUUUUUAAUACUACAGAUCAAAACCAAGACCUCAGCACAACUUGUGAGUCACGUUAAAAAUCAGUUCUUCCUUAAUGAGGAAACUAGGACAGGAUUACAUUUUUCUUUCCCUCUUGGAGCAAGUUUCUGGUACUUUGAAAUUGUGAGAGACAAUCAAAGGGGAAAACACAUCAUUACCUCAUGUAAUCUAAAAUAAAUUUUCACAGAUCUAUAUUUCAUGACAUUUUAAAUAUAACUUGGAACUCAAUCCUCCCACACAAAUGACUGGUAUUCUAUGCACUGCUACAGAUCUAGAUAUGUACUACUGCAACAGUGAAUAUUGAAAAGAAUCAGAUUUAGAAUCCAGUGUCCAAAAGAAUUAACAUGCUUUUGGAAGCUGGAGGUUCAGGAUUAUAAAUAUAUACUAUGAAAAAAUGUUUUAAAAUAUAUGACUAGUCUUUUGUAGAUGCACUUAGUAGAGAUACCUGAUGCACCUUAAUAAUAUGUGAAUAUUCUAAGAGGCGUGAGAAGAAAAGGAGCCAGGAAACUUGUAUGUGUUGUGAAUUUUGUGAACUGUUAGCCUUGGUGAUCUAGUAUGAUGAUAAUACUUCUUCCUCUGAGUUUCCCCAAAAAUAGAAUCCAUAAGGAGGGACAUUUGACUUGUGUGGUCAAGUCUCUUACUCUUUCUGGGUUUCUCUUUUGACUCUUUAUAAAAGGAGGGAAUUGAAUGAAAACUGCUCACUAUUUUUUCCAGCUCUAAAAUUCCAUGGUUCUUAUUCUACCUCCAAAUUUAAAGUUCCCCAUGAAUUUUUUAGGUCUAUAGUUUCUGGGACUAAGACUUGAGAAUAACAUAUCUCUUUCUUUACACAAUAGACAUAAUUGAUCCAAGUGACAAUAAAGAAAAUCGUAUUUCCCCUCUGAUUUUUUAUCAUAUGGCUGGAAAUUUUCCUAUAGAUAGAGAUAAAAACUUUGAGUCAGGUUAAGAUAGUGGGCAGUCAGACUUGUGACAUACUCACCACUGAAGGAUCCUAUCAGUACCAUCCCUUAUGAAAGUAGUGGCCUAUACUUAAUAGUUCACUUUUCCUUGCUCAGAUUUUCUUUAUUCUGGGAUUUUCCUUCAGUUCCCAGCCACACCAUUGCUUUCUAUUACCUUAAAUAUUCCCAGGACAAUAAAUCUUUCUACAUAAUGGCUUUUAGAAUUUUUCUUUAUAUUUUCUCCUGCCUGGGUAUUUAACAGCAAAUAGUCUUGGGUAAUUACAAUACAUUUUACUUUUAGGUAUAGACAUCAUAGUAUUUCAAAAGAUAUUUUUGGGGUAUGAGAAGCAAGUUUAUUGCUUACUUUCUCAAUUUGAUAGGCUUUCAGUUUGGCAUAGCCAAUUUACUUAGAGGGAAGCCUUUAUCUAAAGGAAAAAUAUAUUAUUUUACUCUAUUUUCCAGGUACUAAUGAUAUUCUAGAACAUAUCAUUCCUUUCUGACUUUGUUCCUACCACCUUCCUUGCCAAGAAAGCUUCUCCUACAACAAAUGAAUUACUUGAGCCAAACCUCAUGCGAAACUGAAAUACUAUCUUCCCCAUGGAAAGAAAUACUGCCAUGAACUUCAUGUUCUUGUUUAUAGGCAUUACUGUAACUCAUCUCUAUCACAUAAUUAGAAAUUAGCAGGCAGGAUUCCCCUGUACUGAAAGUUUAUCUCUUUGGAAUUUGGUUUUUGUGCCACAGUACCUUAAGGACCUUCAUCCUAGGGGACCAAGGCCAGAAUCUUUGAAUUUUUCAUGCCAAUCUUCAACCUUAUUCUAACUGGUUAGUAAGUAGUCUCUAUAUGAUUUGCCAUAGAAAGCAAAAGUUAAAUGAAGAGCCUAUUUAUUUUUGGUGUGCAUACAAUUUUUUUCCUUUCUGCUUUUUGGGUAAAUUGUAUAUAUAUUUUAUUUUCUAAAUACCUUCUGUCAAGAGUAUCAACUAAGACAGAAGAGCAGCAAGGGCUUAUCAAAUGGAGUUAAUUAACUUGCCUACGGUCACAUAUUUAGGAAGUGUCCGAGGCCAAAUUCUAAACCUCAAGACCUCCCAACUUCAAGCCUAGCACAAGCCUAGCCUAUCCAAAUACCUACUACUUAUUAUUUUUUUUAAUGAAGGGGAAAAUUAAGUGCUUUUUCGAAAUUAGUUUGAACAGUGACAAGACUUGAAAAAGAAUGUCAUUCCUAAUAGAUUUAGAGAAUAUUCCUUAUGUGUCCUGUUAUACAUGCUGUAGUGCCUUCAAGUCAGGAGAGUCCUGCCUUCAUGUCCUCCCUGUAGCGACAGCUUUGUCUCCAUAGACAAGUCACUUAGCGUCUUCAUUUGUAAAGUGGUAGAUAAUAAUCCCUGUUGUGUCAGAGGACUGACAAAUAAUAUACAUAAGAGAGUUUUGCAAAUAUAAUCUCUCUCUUAUUAGACUAUAAACUUUUUGAGGUCAGGAUUGCAACUUUCUCAUUUUUAUUUCCACAUCACAGGGCCUUGUGCAUAGGUAUUUGAGAAAUACUUGCUGAAAGAAUAUUACAGAAUCUCAGAAUUUUGUUUUAAAAGGACCACAGUGGUCAUCUGGUCCAACUCAAACAUGAUAGGAAUCUCCACUCUGACCUUCCCAAGAAUUGAUUUUCUAGCCUUUUCUUAAAGAUUUCCAAGGGGAGCUGACCCAUUCCACUUUUGGACAGUUCUAAUUGUUAAGAAAUUUUUCUUAACAUCAAGCCAACACUGGCUUUUUUGCAAUUCCAUCUUUAGAAACUACCUUAUUUUUAAAUCAAGGAAAGAUGGAUAUUCCAAGAUAAAUUAAUCUCUGAUGACAAGUUUUGUGACUAUAACAGUAUAUGCUUCUUGGAAAAAAGAAACAGUAAAUUAUUUAUGGAACAUUAUCUCUAAAGUGAAUGGGUGAAGAAAGGUUUUUAAUAAUUACUUUUCAUUCUUUGUGAAUUAUAGGGGGAACAGUUAGAUGUAUUACUGAUAAAUUUUGAAUUACAUAAUUUAAAAAGAAAUUUAGUUUUAUUAACUCUCUCUCUCCCCCAGUUUUAGACACUGGGUAAAUUCAUUUCAGUGAGUAGAAUUACUUUUAUUAGCUACACCUAAGUCAAUUCAGUAAAUAUUUACGACAAGUUUAUGUGUAAGACAUACUUAUUAUAUACUGUAUGACAGGCUGAAACUUUCCACAAUAAUUUCAGUUAAUUAAACAUGAUUUUUUACAAUCCUUUGUUUGUCAUUUCCUUAACAAAAUUUUCAGAAACUACAAAUGCUAACUUUGGUUUAACACAAUUUUUGAGUUAGCUUGAAUUAAUUAGAUCUGAUGUAAUUACAGACUCAAGUUCUUUUUGGAAAAGAAAAGAAAACAAAGUAAGUUAUAUGAUAUUAUUGAUUUGAAAGUACGGCCUUUGCCUCUCAAUAUAGAAUUUGUAAUGGCAUGGUGUGUUUGUGUUGCUUCAACAACUUGAAUUGCUUUUUUUUCCCUACCUCCUCAUUUCUGUAGGAUUUAUUUAUAAAAACAAGAUGGAUAUGAAUCAUGAAUCAUUAAUCAUUAUGGUAUUUCCCUGCUCCUCUGAACAUAUGAGUGAAUUCAAGUCAUGGUAUUUAUUUACAGUCAACAAUAGAGGGUUCCUUAUUGACAGUCUUUUCUUGUAUUUUAACAAUGGCCAAUUCUGAUUGCAUAUUUCCACUAAUCAGUCUGUAUUCUGUUUAGAGAUCACCAAUUAGAAAUGUCAAAUAAAAUUCUAAUGAAAUAAAAACAUUUUAAAAUG